UUAUUAUUUUAAAAGUGACAGUACCUUCUAUGUUAAAAGAUAUUUGAAUGAAAAGUCAUGAUUUCUUCUAUUUUUUAAACUGGAAAACUUUCUUAAUAUAUACCGCUUAAUGUCGAAUAAGAGACUUUUUUAUGUACAUGAUUAUCUUGUAGAGUUAUUACUAUCAAAACAGUAAUAUUUCUACCUACAAAUGUCUAUAUAGCAUCUAGAGGCUCGUAAUUUGGAGUGGCAAUGGCGAAAAGUGUAUAUUAAUUUGUCGUAUAUGUACAUAUGUGUAUCAAAGAUUUGUUUAUAUUUGCAUUAGGUGAUAACGAAAUCGAUAAGUCCCAACACUUGGACGUCGAUAUAGCCAUGAAUGUGGCUUAAAGAUUCGUCUAAUUAAAUCCCUCUCAAAUACAUAACCAGAACAUGAAAACAUAGUAUCCACUCUCCCGUCACGCCUUUGUCUCUCGUAUUUUAUUCCGCGGUCGCUGAACGGGAUAAUACGCGUUGUUUCGAGACAUGUUAUAACGAUGUCCGAGUGUGCACGUAGGCGAUACGAGUGGAAAAAGAGAAUUAAACCGCAAAUGCGAAUUACGAAUGACAAACCUUGAGAACUCUAGUAGUAUUCGCAUGUUAAAGAUCUGAAUGUUAAAAAUCGUGGGAGAAAAAAGAAUUUCAUGUUAUCCUGCCAUUAAUGAUCUCGCCAUUGCUACGCGAAAAAUUGUUAGAUUGAAAAGUUGGUAGGUUGGAGAAGGCAGAGACUAAGAACAUGGCGCAGAAAAUGCACUGAGAGUAUUCUCCUUUGCUUUGUGCUUACAGAUUUGUGCGUCGCCUCUCAAUCUCGGAUAAUUUGCGCACAACCGUCAUUGCUCAGCCCAGAACACGGUUAGCUGUAAAUGAUCACGCACAAAACUCUAAGAGCUGUUUUUUUUUAAUGAAAAUUUUCAUGAAAAAGUCGGAACUGACUUCUGUUUUUCUGUUUCUGAUUUCUGUUUCAGAGACUAGCAGACCAAAUUGGUUAUGAAACCUAAUCUAAUUAUCACUAGUCUGAUUUUUGGGGCUGAUUGUGCAAACAUUUGGAGGACGAUUUUAUCAUAUGCAGCUUCUGGCAUGGCGUCACGGUACUCCCGUGUGUGUGUUAAGAAAGAUAGUCCACAAUACGAAUAAGAAUAAUGCGCCCGCAUACAACAAUGCGACUAAUAGAAGUUUUACUAGCCUAGGGCAAUAGGUCGUCUGGCUAUUACACAUCUCCGUGAAGUACAUCAGAGUUCUUACCAGGCCCCAUAUAUGAUCUUAAUCAAAUUGGACAAGUCAUUGCUGGACCUGGUGCAAAAUACCCGACACUGCCUGGAAUAUUAGGAGCUGGUCUACCGAAAAUUUCGUCCGAGCAACAAGAUACAGUAAAUAGGGCGAAGAAAUAUGCGAUGGAACAAAGCAUCAAGAUGGUCCUCAUGAAGCAGACCUUGGCCCAUCAACAACAGCAAAUGGCUAGUCAACGGAAUCAGGUGCAAAGACAGCAGGCUCUCGCUCUCAUGUGCAGGGUUUAUGUGGGCAGCAUCAGUUUUGAACUAAAAGAAGACACGAUUAGGCAAGCUUUCUUGCCGUUCGGACCAAUCAAAUCCAUCAAUAUGUCUUGGGAUCCCGUUACGCAGAAACACAAGGGCUUCGCCUUUGUCGAAUAUGAGAUACCUGAGGCCGCGCAACUUGCUUUGGAGCAAAUGAACGGUGUCAUGAUCGGUGGCCGCAACAUCAAGGUCGUGGGACGUCCAUCUAAUAUGCCACAGGCGCAAUCAGUGAUCGACGAAAUUACCGAGGAGAGCAAGCAUUAUAAUCGUAUUUACAUUGCUUCGAUACACCAGGAUUUGACGGAGGAUGACAUCAAGUCUGUUUUUGAGGCGUUCGGACCAAUCACGUAUUGUAAACUCGCGCAAGGUAGUUCACCGCACCGACACAAAGGCUACGGUUUCAUAGAAUACGAGACGAUGCAGGCUGCGCUAGAGGCCAUUGCCUCCAUGAACUUGUUUGAUCUGGGCGGUCAAUAUCUAAGAGUGGGCAGAGCGAUAACGCCGCCAAACGCACUCAUGGGACCACCUAGUGGUACCAGCAUGAUGCCUACCGCGGCCGCAGUGGCUGCAGCAGCAGCAACAGCAAAGAUUCAGGCGAUGGACGCAGUUGCCAGUAACGCAGUCGCGUUAGGACUCACUAAACUUGGAGCCGCUGCAUCACCAAUCCUCAAUCAAACGCUUCCUGGUGUGGUACGACCUACCAUAGCACCCGCAACAAUAAUGGCACCACCGACGGUAGUAACGGUGGCGCCAGUGAUACCGCCACCCGGUAUAGCCAUACCGCAAACUUUAACACGACCACCCGCUAUUAUUCAACCAAUUCCUGGCCAACCGGUUGUCAUACCACCUCCCGCUGUAGUAACGCCUACGAUUGUUGGCACACCAGUUAUACCGGUUACAACAACUGCAAAUUCCGAUAUUAUGAGGCGAGCGCAGGAACAGGCGGCUCAUCAAAAGCAACAGGAAGAAUUACAAAAGAAACUUUUAGAGGAAACGGAACCGCAGACGUUGCAACAACAGGAAAAUAUGUCAAUCAAGGGACAGAGCGCGCGUCAUCUCGUAAUGCAGAAGCUUAUGCGUAAAGUCGAGUCCAGAGUCGUUAUUUUAAGAAAUAUGGUGGCACCAGAGGAUGUAGAUGAAACCUUACAGGAGGAAAUCCAGGAUGAGUGCUCUAAGUUCGGUGUGGUUGUAAGAGUUAUUAUUUAUAAGGAAAGACAAUCCGAGGACGACGAGAACGCGGAAGUCAUUGUAAAAAUAUUCGUCGAAUUCGCCGAGAUGAAUGAAGCGGAACGCGCAAGGGAUUCCCUAAACGGUCGUUAUUUCGGCGGACGAUUGGUUAAGGGAGAACUGUACGAUCAAGCUUUGUUUGAUAAUAGUGAUUUUUCUGGUUGAUGCGUAAGAGACACUUCUGAUUUGCUACAAGUUUUUAUCAGUUAAAUUCGUAUAAGAGACAAAAUUUAACGUUGACAAACGGCUUGAUCAUUGUUGUUCAAGUUACUAUUUAUAAUAAAAUCUCUUAGAUCCGCACAUUGAACAGUCAAAAGAGUCAAAUGUACGUGAUAUCAUGGCUCUAAUAACCAAAUUUGUAGCAAUCAAGUCGUGAAAUGUAGUAGAAACUGCACUGACUUGAAAAGCAGGAAAUUAUUGGAUUUAUCAAAUGUGAUUUUAGAAUAUUUCGUAUUUUAAACUUAUUUUUUACCUCCAUGCAAAACAGAACUUUAUUUCCAGCCAGUCUCGUUAUCUCCGGUUAUCUUAAUCAAUUAAAUUUAUCAAGUUGGAAUUAAGAAUUACGAAUUGCAAAACUUUUAAAACAUGGAUUUUGUUUUCCAUGUUCAAAGACAAAAUAAAUGAUUAGUUUUAAGUUUUGCAAAGUUGAUAAUUCUCGUAUUUAAUCGACUAGUAAAGCUAAUCGGAGAUAAUAAGACUGAUCCUAUGUCCAUGUCUCAUACGUUAUUCGUUUCGUAUCAUCGGGCAACCGCAAUCGCAAUUCGUUAUAGUAUCUUGAAAAAUAGACAAUUUUCAUAUACUUACCAGUAUAUAGUAUCUUUUGUUAUAAUUUUGCCGAAAACAAUUGUAUAUGAAAGCGAUAGAUCUUAAUUUACAUGUAUAGAAAAAAAUAGAAUAUUAAUAAUAAAUCAUUUUACAUAUACAGAUUGAGAUCUA